CAUGUUGCUUUAAAGCGCAUUCUAGCAAGUAUCAACUCAUGAUUCCCUCACUAGCAUUUUUGCCAUAGGUUAUGGCAAGCCGUAUUGUUAGCAUCAAACAACAUUGAACCCCCUAUUUAGGCCUGGCCAUCGCGGCAUAUUUCAUAGGUGCAGAACCAGAAUCAGUGAGUAGUUCAUCUGUAUUAAGAUUUCAUAGGUACUCCUUAAGUUGAUUCACCAGGCAAGAUAGCUUCAACCUCAGUACACCAGGGACCUAAGCCCGCCAAUAAAUCGACCAUGGAAGGCUGUAAUAAAUGCCAGGAAGAUCUGGCAGUAGACAACGCUACCAAACUUCAAGAUGGACUGAAGAAGGAUGAUGAUACCCUGGUGCUUACUGAGGUUCCCCCUAAAAAGGGCGUAGAUGUUCAAGACCCCAUCAAAUCGCCAGAGAUCGGCGAAUCUACCGCAACAGCGAAAGAGAAGACUGAAGGAGAACAGACCAUUCCACAGAAGUCCAAGCCUCGGCGGGCCUCAGAGCCGAUCAAUUCAACUAAUCUCCAAUCGGGCAUGGAAGUGCAACAGAAGACCAGCUCAGUCGUGGUGGUGGCGUCCACUAUGUGCCAAGAACAACAAGAUAUAGGGGCCACCACCGCCCCUAAGCGACCUCGAACCCCUUCACCCUCAUCUAGCCCCGAGACUCACGCUGCACAUAUUUUAGAGUUACAACGAGAAUAUGUGUUUGACAACAUGGUCCGAAGCCUCCAAAAAGCCUGGCACCACAUGCUGGACACCCAUAAGCCAACCGGCAUCGGGCCCGAGGGGGAAACGCAAUUGCGAUAUGAAUCAAACGUCAAGGAUAUCCGAAGCAAGGUCAUGAAGCCGGGGCUGACACUCGAGGGAAUUGCCGACGAGACCAUCUCAGUCGCGAUACGGCUCUGGUUAGAGCUCUGUUACCGCUUCAUCCAUAAUGACCACAAGGGCACGCCCUACCUCCUCGUCAGUAAGGCCGAGGGCGAGGCGAAGAAAAUCAAAAAGAAAGCCUUAAACAACGUAUCGCGAGUCCGUGACACAUCUCCGCAUUUCUCUCCCAUGCAAUACUCCCCUUCCCUUCCACCCCCGUCUCCUCGCGAAGACUCAGACAUCAUGCUCAUGGAAACCCGCCCCUACCGUCGGACACCGCGAUCCAGUAAUUCGCCCUUAGUCGACUCCUUACGCCCGGGUGUGGAGAGACUCAGCAUUAAUAGAAGAUCUAAUCAACGCAGCGGCGAAAGGGACAAUCGCUACGAUCUCCGACGAACACCAACACCCGCACCCUCAUAUAUGCGGGACGCUAAGAUCAAGCGUCGUAAGAUCGCCGAACAUGAUUCGCCGCCCGCAGGUGGAGUACGCAAAUACGGCAGUCCCGGGUAUGGAAAUUCGCCGCGCGGUCGUCCACCUAAGCAGAGAGAUAAUGAUAGCCCGAAGCGGGGGAGGGGGCGGCCCCGUAAGCCUCGUGUGGUGGAGGGGGAGUCGUUGGUUGGAUGUAUUGGCCCGUAUGCAGUUAUUAACUCGCCGGCUCGGACGGCGGGGCAGGCUGUGGAUUAGGAUGGUUCUGACUUGGAGUAGGAGUGGUGGUUUUAGUUUAUUUGAGUGGUGAAAGUUGGAUCAUUUGUCUUGCGUUGAUUUGGGGUGAAGGCAGGCUUUUGCUGCUUGUGAGAUAUCUACUUGGGGUUGUCUUAAAGGCCCAAUGAAGGGGUAUUCUCUAGCAGGUGUAGAUAGGAGUAGCGAUAGUUUUCCAAUGAACAUCGAACUGCAGGAUCACUGGUAUGGGGCAAUGAGGACGAAUAUCGCAGCGAACAGGUUGAGCCGUACACCGUAGUUAACCCUACUAGUACAUUUGUAUGCGUACACUAAAAGAUACCUUAGUUCAUACAUUCAUACGACAGAUAUAUGCCUCUCGUCAUCACUC